CGAUUUUGAUGUUUUUCUCACAAGAAAUGCCGGAUCCAGGGAUUUAAAAUAUACUAAAAUCCGAUUAGUGAUAUAAUAUCACAUGCGGUUAUGUCGAGUUUAACCUCAAAUUGAAGAGCAAUCCUGUGUCUGAAGGCAGGUAAAAUUCGUAAAGAAACGACUUGAAUUUUACAAAUCUCGGGAAGAAAUGAAGAGUGCGAUGACAGUAUUCAGAAACGUGCGGACCAGCGAGUUCGCAGUGGCGUUUCGCACAUACUAUAGAAAAUAUUGCACCACAGAGAAUGAUACGACGACAACGACGACGACACAGAAGGUGAUCCAUCCGUACAAUCAAAUUCAUCCGUGGAAAUCGGAGAAUGAAUUUGUAAAAGAUUUGCUGAAGAACGUUAUUUAUAAUUCAGAUGGAAUAAUUGCAAUAAACAAACCAUAUGGCAUAUCUUUACAUCCAAAGUCAAAUAUAAACACAUAUCUGCAUUCACAUCAUAAGAUUGUAGGAGCAGCAGAUUAUUCUUUAAACGAUGUUUUGCCAUAUCUUGCAAAGGAGUUAAAUGUACCGAUGUUAAUACCAUCUUUUGGAGCAGAGAAAUAUAUGAGCGGCGUAUAUAUUUUCGGAAUUAACGAAAAAGUGUAUCACCAAUUAGAACUGUCAAGAAGACGAAGUCAAGGUAUAUACAGGAAAUAUUGGGCAGUAACAACUAGAGUUCCAAACGAGAUCAAAGGAAAACAUCAUUUAGCAGUAGUUUUAAAAAUAUCUGCAUCAGGAGUUAAAAAGCCUAUUAUCUUGACUCAAUGGAGUAAGAAUAUGAUAAAGAAGGGUGAAGCCAAAAUAAUGAAUAUAGAUUAUAAAGUCAUAAGCAAUUCGACGCAUAAUUUAAGUUCGCUAAUAGAAAUUGUGUCAUCCUUAAAAAAAUGGCACAGUAUCAGGUUAUUUGCUUCCACUAUGCUAUACAGUCCGAUUCUUGGAGAUAAUAUUUAUGGAUCACGAGUCCAAGAAAUCAUGGGUACAUGGUUAAAAAUCGAUCCAUUUGCUGAUUCCAAUUAUAAUUUACCAAAAAUAAAUCAACAAUUACUAAAUCUAUUAAAUAUAAAACUAAGUCAACAAGAAAUUAUUCCAGUACACUUACAUUUGAAAAGUAUACACUUAAUCGACAAAAAGAAAAAAGAUUUAGUAAUAGAAGCUCCUUUGAUGAAUCCAUUCGAUUGGACUUGCAAGCAGCUUAAGUUUAAAAUACCUGAUGAAAUCAAUUCCAGUAAUGAAGAUAAUGAAGAAAAGUUAGUUUACAUGAAUGCACAUGAUAGCAAUUAAUUCACAUACUAUCUCUCGCUAAGUAUUUUG